AUGCGCCUCUCUGCGCUGCUUUCCGUCGUCACUGCGGUGGCAGUCGCCGCAGCAGAGACCAUUCCCGCUGCCGAGCUCGUCAGUAGCAAGGCUCAUAUCGUCCCAGGCCCUCUGCGCGUCACCGAGCUCACCUUUCGCGUGCCAUUGGACUAUGAUGACCCAGAGGGCGAGACCAUCACUCUGUUCGGCCGGUCCGUCACCGGCUAUGAGGUCCCCAUUGUGCCAUCCGACGAUGAGGACGAAGGCUCCAUGUCUUCGCUGCCAUACAUGGUCUACCUUGAGGGCGGCCCAGGUUUCGGCAACCGAGAGCCCCAGAACCACCCUCUGACCAGCACGGCACUCGAGCGUGGCUACCAAGUCCUCUACCUGGACCACCGCGGCACCGGCUACAGCACUCCCGUGUCAGCCAAGAUGCUCGACCAGCUCGACGGUGGUGAGGAUGCGCAGGUUGAGUACCUCCGCCUCAUGCGUCAAGACAACACCGUCCGCGACUGCGAGUCUGUGCGCAAAGCCUUGACCAAGGGCAUGGCGGACAACCAAGCCAAGUGGUCCAUCUUUGGCCAGUCUUACGGCGGCUUCGUCAGCCUGAGCUAUCUCUCGUUCCAUCCCGAGGGCUUGCGAGAGGUCUUCCUCACCGGCGGCCUCGCUCCCGUCGGCAAGACAGCGGAGCAGGUGUACGAGUCGCUGUACCCGCGCGUCAUGAAGCGGAAUGCCGCCUACUACAAGAAGUUCCCCGAGGAUGUCAAGAAUGUCCGUCAAGUCGCUAGCUACAUUGAAAAGCAGGGCGGCAGCGUCGACCUCCCAGCCGGAGGCAGUCUUACUGUCCCCCGUCUCAUGACGAUUGGCAUCGACUUUGGCGGCGCUGGCGGCUUUGAUAGUGUCCACACGACUAUUAUGAAUCUGAAGAUGUCUCUGGACCAGUUUGGGUUCCUUUCUAGGGCCUCUCUGGCACCCAUGGAGAGCUUUACUGGUUUCGACACGAACAUCAUCUACGCCAUCCUCCACGAGGCCAUCUACUGCGAUGGACCCGGCGACGUCUCUGGCUGGGCUUCUGAUCGGGUUGCCAGGGAGCUUAACUUAUUCUCCUGGUUGUCCUCGAACGGUACUGUCUCGUCUAACUCGAGCGAGCCCCUUCUGUUCGCUGGCGAGAACAUCUUCCCCUUCUUCUUCGACACGCAUCCCGAGCUCAUCCCGCUCAAGGGUGUCGCCAACAAACUCGCCGAAGUGGACGACUGGACGCAUAUCUACGAUAUUAAGCAGCUUGCAAAGAACGAGGUACCCGUGUACGCUGCCUCGUAUAUUGACGAUCUGUACGUCGACUAUGAAUAUGCCAAGGACACUGCAGCCCUGGUUAAGAACACCAAGACGUGGGAGACAAACGCUUACUACCACUCGGGCUUGAGGACGAACACGGAUGCGGUUCUCUCAGCAUUGUUCGGCCUACGGGAUGAUGUAAUGGAUUAG